AUGUCGACUGUAAGUGUUUUCCCUUUGGAUACCGUCACCCUGGUUUUGUUUGGGGUUCUGACCAUUAUCCUCCUCGUGUAUUUUAACACCGGGUCUAAAUCUCAUGGAAUCGCCAACUUUCCUCCGGGUCCCGCUCCUCUCCCAGUGAUUGGCAACCUGCACAUGCUGGAUCUGAAGAAGCUGCACAAAUCUUUGAUGGAGUUAUCUGAGAAGUACGGCACAGUUUUCAGCAUCAAGUUAGGACCCACAAAUGUGGUGGUGCUGACCGGCUAUGCGACAGUAAAGGAUGCACUUGUCAACCAUGCAGAGGAAUUUGGUGAAAGAACACGCAUCCCAAUAUUUGAGACGACCGUAAAGGGAUACGGUAUUAUUUUUGGUCAUGGGGAGUCAUGGAAGCAAAUGCGAAGGUUCACCUUAACCACGUUACGAGAUUUUGGAAUGGGCAAAAAAACCAUUGAAGACAAAAUAAUUGAGGAAACUGAUUUUCUGAUAAAAAUGAUUGAUUCUUAUAAAGGCCGACCCUUUAAUCCAACCAUCAAACUGAACACUGCUGUGGCCAACAUAAUUUGCUCUAUAGUUUUGGGGGACAGAUUUGAUUUUGAGGAUGAAACGUUUGUCAGUUUAGUGAAGAGAGUGAAUGAAAACAUUCAACUCACUGGUUCAACUAUGGUCCAGAUAUACAAUGCAUUUCCCUUCUUGGGAUUCCUUCCUGGAUCGCACAAAAGACUUUUUUCCAAUGCCAAGCAGACUGCUGCUUUCUUCAAGAACUUCUUCAAUGAAAACUAUUGGGAACCGGAUGAGAAUGACCUGAGGAGUUUUACUGAGGCAUUCAUGUUGAGACAACAGCAGGAAUCGGACAAUCCCAAUUCAUACUUCCAUGAAAACAACUUAACAUACACCACGGUCAACCUGUUUGCUGCAGGGAUGGAGACCACCUCGACCACAAUUCGUUGGGGAAUGCUCCUCAUGAUGAAAUAUCCAGAGAUUCAGAAAAAAGUUCAUGAGGAAAUUAUCAGUGUUAUCGGAUCAGAACGAUCUCCCAGAGCUGAAGAUCGGAAAAGUUUGCCAUACACUGAUGCAGUGAUCCAUGAAAUCCAGAGGUUUGGUGACAUUUUGCCAUUGAACGGCACACAUGAAACCACAGUGGACUUAAACUUCAAAGGAUUCUUCAUUCCAAAGGGAACCCACGUGAUUCCAUUGCUGUCCUCUGUGCUGUACGAUAAAACCCAAUGGGAAAAACCAAAUGAGUUCAACCCAUCUCACUUUCUGGACGCUGAGGGCAAGUUUGUGAAGAGAGAUGCCUUCAUGCCUUUCUCUGCAGGUCGGAGGGCCUGUGUUGGUGAGACCCUGGCUAAGAUGGAACUGUUCCUGUUCUUUACUGCUCUGAUACAAAAAAUUAAGUUUCAAGUUCCACCGAAUGUCAGUGAAUUGGGGCUCGAGCCUGUUGUGGGAUUGACUUCAUCCCCCAAGUACCCCUAUGUGUGUGCUGUCGUUUUUUGCAGCAGCAAUCGGGUCUCAGAGAGCACUUUGUCAUACCACGAGCACAAAAAAAAUGAAGAUUUGAAGGUGCCCCUCAGCUGUCAGUCCAAGCUCCACGACAGUCAUUGGUGCCUCCGAGCUCCUGACCCCAAAAUUUCAUCUCACGAUCCCACUGCUCAAGAGGAGGAACAAAAAAUUCUCAAAAAUGUCUGUCUUUUGGAUAUGACAUCAAAGAUGUCGAUUGUAAGUGUUUUCCCUUUGGAUACCGUCACCCUGGUUUUGUUUGGGGUUCUGAUCAUUAUCCUCCUUGUGUAUUUUAACACCGGGUCUAAAUCUAUGGAAUCCAACUUUCCUCCGGGUCCCGCUCCUCUCCCAGUGAUUGGCAACCUGCACAUGUUGGAUCUGAAGAAGCUGCACAAAUCUGUGAUGGAGCUAUCUGAGAAGUACGGCACAGUUUUCAGCAUCAAGUUAGGACCCAGAAAUGUGGUGGUGCUGACCGGCUAUGAGGCAGUGAAGGAUGCACUUGUCAACCAUGCAGAGGAAUUUGGUGAAAGAGCACGCAUCCCAAUAUUUGAAUUAUUUUCAAAGGGAAAUGGUAUUAUUUUUGGUCAUGGGGAGUCAUGGAAGCAAAUGCGAAGGUUCACCUUAACCACGUUACGAGAUUUUGGAAUGGGCAAAAAAACCAUUGAAGACAAAAUAAUUGAGGAAACCGAUUUUCUGAUAAAAAUGAUUGAUUCUUAUAAAGGCCACCCCUUUAAUCCAACCAUCAAACUGAACGCUGCUGUGGCCAACAUAAUUUGCUCUAUAGUUUUGGGGGAUAGAUUUGAUUAUGAGGGUGAAACGUUAAUCAGUUUAGUAAAGAGAGUGAACGAAAACAUUCAACUCGCUGGUUCGACUAUGGUCCAGAUGUACAAUGCAUUUCCCUUCUUGGGAUUCCUUCCUGGAUACCUUUCUCAAUUAUUCUCCAACUCCCAGCAGAAUAUUGCUUUCUUCAAGAACCUCUUCAAUGAAAACUAUCGGGAAACAAAUGUGAAUGACCUGAGGAGUUUUAUUGAGGCGUUCAUGUUGAGACAACAGCAGGAAUCGGACAAUCCCAAUUCAUACUUCCAUGAAAACAACUUAACAUACACCACAACCAACCUGUUUGCUGCAGGGAUGGAGUCCACCUCGACCACAAUUCGUUGGGGAAUGCUCCUGAUGAUGAAAUAUCCAGAGAUUCAGAGAAAAGUUCACGAGGAAAUUAUCAGUGUUAUUGGAUCAGAACGAUCUCCCAGAGCUGAAGAUCGGAAAAAUUUGUCAUACGCUGAUGCAGUGAUCCACGAAAUCCAGAGGUUUGGUGACAUUUUGCCAUUGAACGUCACACAUGAAACCACAGUGGAUUUAAACUUCAAAGGAUUCUUCAUUCCAAAGGGAACCCACGUGAUUCCAUUGAUGUCCUCUGUGCUGUACGAUAAAACCCAAUGGGAAAAACCAAAUGAGUUCAACCCGUCUCACUUUCUGGAUGCUGAGGGCAAGUUUGUGAAGAGAGAUGCCUUCAUGCCUUUCUCUGCAGGUCGGACGGCCUGUGUUGGUGAGACCCUGGCUAAGAUGGAACUGUUCCUGUUCUUUACUGCUCUGAUACAAAAGUUUAAGUUUCAAGUUCCACCGAAUGUCAUUGAAUUGGGGCUCGAGUCUGGUGUGGGAUUGACUUCAUCCCCCAAGUACCCCUAUGUGUGUGCUGCCCGUCGCUGA